AUGGCAAUGGAUCAUCUCUUGACUAUCUACAUUAGGACCAAGAUUUUUUGGGGCAAUGACGAUGUGGCUAAAGAUGGGACGGUUCGAUUGACACGACGGGAACUUUCGAAAUUAGCUGAUGAACUAGGCAUUGGAGAGAGUGAAGUCGAUGAAACGUUAAUUUCAUUGAAGUGUAAGGGGGAGAUUAAAGGCUAUGGCAGCAAUUACAAGGUUACAAUCAAGGAGGGGAUUACCCAACCGGAGCUGCUGGUGGUGACUGGAGAGAAGAAACCUCAGGGUCAGAAGUCCUACGAGAAAGUCACUAAAUACGUCGAGAAAACGAAGAAAGGUGCAGGUAGUCGGAAAUUUAAGGAGUUUUUAGCUUCCAAACCGAUGGAUAAGUACGUAAAGAAAACUUGA